AGAAUCUAAAAUAAAAUUAUAUUAUUACUGACAGUUAUCUUUAAACAAAUAACGCUAUCAAUAAUAGGAUAAUAUAGGUAAAUAGGUAUUAUUAUUAUUAUUACUAUUAUUUAUGAUAUAUUAUUUAUUUUUAGAACUCAGACGAGAUAUAUCGAACAGUGUUUAUCACAGACUUGGUGAACACAAGAACUGUGCUCAAUAUUUUUGUUCUGGUCCGAAAUUUGGUGAAAUGAAUCUUGUUCCUGAUGCUGAAAAAGCAGGAAUGAUGGGACAUAUUCGGAAUAUAGUGUACAGACUAUCAGUUAAUGCAGAUAGCCUUAUAGAAAAUGUAGACAAUAACCCAUGCGAGCAAUUAAAUAGCUUGAUUAAUAAGCAUGUUGGAGGCAAGAGAAUUAAUUUCACACAAAAAAAUAACUACACUACUAGAGUCGAGGCAGCUGUAGUGGCAUUUAAUUCAAAAAACUAUUUACGAGUUGUACAUAAAAAAAUUGUUUUUAAAAGCCCAGGUAUGUUUGGUAAACGAUACUUAAAAAACAUUGACAGAAUUAGGAAAAAUACAACUACAGCAAGGAAACGAUUAUUUGAAAGUGGAAAAAAACGAUCUAAAUUAACUACAACUCGAUUUAGUGGACCGGAUAUGCACUAUGGUUUGGCAGAACCCUUAGAUGAUAUUCUUACCAACGAAGAAUUAAGAAGAAAUCAAAAUUUAUUUUUAAAAAAAUUGGAAAAAGUUGAUCGAAAAGAACUUGAAUGUACUACAAAAGAACAAAGUCAUAGCCAAGACUGGUAUAAUGAAAGAAGAAAGAGGCUUACUGCAUCAAAUUUCGGUGACAUAUGUAAAAUGCGAGAGAAUACAAGUUGCCGAAAAAAAGUAUUUAGUCUUCUUUAUGGGUCAAAUAUUACAUCAAAAGAAAUUUCUUAUGGUAUUGAAAUGGAACCACAAGGUAGAGCUCAAUUCGAAGUUUUAAGUGGAAAGACU